GUCGACUGUGCAUGUUUUGUUGACGUAGGCGGUUACGAAUACUCUUAUCUGACACUUGCGUGCCAGUAGACUGUCUCUUAAACUUCUUGCCGUAGCAAUUCAAUAUGUAUAUUGUGGUGAAGUUUCUGGAAAUGGAACAGAAUCAUACUGGCCACCCUUCAAAUCAUCCAUGGCAAUAAACAAGGCUGUUAAAGACAGACUGCAGCCAGAUGUGGAUAAAUGGACACUGUUUGAAGUGGAAAUAAUGGUUGCAUGUGCAACUUAUGCUGAUGGACAUCGGAAGUUAAAGUUGGCAGAGGACCAAUCCGAUCUUCAAACAGAUCUUGAGGAGGCACUGGUGAUGGGCAGACCAGUUCGAAAACGCAAGAAGAAACAGUUAUCUAGUAGCAGUAGUGAGGAUGACGAUGAUGAGACAUACAAACCCAAUCCGACCAAGAAAGUUAACAAAUCUGCUAUUAACCACAAAUCUGCUGGACGUCUCACAAGGGCCCCAUCCCCACCACAUAUACCUAACAUGGUAGUGUUGUCAGAGCAAUCUCCAGAGUCUUUACUCCAUUCCCUGCAGUCCACAUCACAUAUACAGGCUGAAUGUCAUCAUUCAAGUUCUGUAGAAUCUAAUCUUAAACAACCUGAGGCACAGGAUCUAAAUGAACUUCUUCCCAGAGAAACACCAAUUCAGCGCUUUCAAAGAAUUUCCCAAAAUGGGUCCUCUUCUCACGAAAACAUUCUGCCAUUCCCUAGAAUGAAAACGCCAACAUCACCCAAAGUAUCAGGUGUCGAAAGAGAGAUGCUUAAAGCCAUCUCAGGCGUCCAGGUGUCUUUGGAUGGUAUAACAAAGGAAUUAGAAUGGCAACGGAAACAAAUGAACACCAUAAUGAUUAAAUUGGAGGGGACAUCUCAGCAUGUAGAAACGGAACAUGUAUUGGAAGGGCUUAAUCUGCCACUUGUUUCUGUGGAGGAAGUUGAGGUAGCUGAAGCAAUGCUGUCUGAAAAGAAUGUCCGGACUGCCCUGGUGACACGUUUGGCCGUAGUAGGUGGCAGUAGCUUGAAAGAGAAUGUGCGGAGAGUUAUGGGCACUGUGCUUUCCAACAAUGUGUCCCGUCUGUACAAUUGGGCAGGAAAGUAUGGUUGGAAGAGCCAGGACAACACACCAAAACGGGCCUUUGGCAAUCUGAAACUAGCAGCAGUAAUAACAAGAGCAAUCAUGCGAAAUGUGCAUCUAAAAGAUGUAACCGAGGUAGUGGUUACCAAGGAGAUGAUGACAUGGCUGCGGAACUCCGGUGAUAGAAAUGGUGGGCGGAAGAAAAGGACGCUAGAUAAAGCAGCAAUUCAAGCGGACCAUAGCAAUGUUGAUUGAACUAUUAUAUUGUGUUUGGCUUUUUAGCUUAAUUUCUGACCCAUGCUAAGGGAUACGCUCCAAAGACAUCAAAGUAACUUUUCUCACGAACGUUCUGAUUUAGAUACAAUAAUUGUAUAUUUAAAGUAAAGUUUAUUAGUAAAUCAUUUAUGUUUCACCUGUUUUAUACGGAUCUGAAUUAUAAUAGGUAUAGAUUAAUCAUUUAUACUUUAUAUUUAGUUUAUAUGAUCUAUUUCUUUCUCUUUCUGUAACAUGCUGAAUAUAUUCAUAGAGAAUGGGGUAAAGUUGGCACUACAGUUUAGGCCAAAACAUCUAUGGUUCUUAAAGGUGGUGCUAUGACACUGGUUAUUCUUUCUAUAUGACUGACUGGCCGCCAAAAGAUGGUGGUUUAUGUUGUCUUUCCGAUAUCUACAAGUGCACCUCAUGUUUCUAAAAAACAAUUUUAAAUAACUGAUCAAUGCUCCAGAUAAUUUUUAGAUCUGUUGGGUAUUUCACUCCCGUUUUGAAAUUAACUGAGUGAAAUUAAAGAAUUUUUUUUUAAAUGACUGGCUAUUUUCACUCUAUUUUGAAAUUUAUUGAGUGAACUAUUCCAAUAAUUGUCAUGUUGUUAAUAGUUAUUUUUGCAAUCAUAUGUUGUUACGUUAUUUUUAGAAUGUGUGUGUGUGCGUGCAUGUGCAUAGUCAUGCAUGUCUGACAACUACAUGUAGUAUUGACUUGUGCUUAUCUGUGCAUUAGCCUAGCACAUAAAUCAUUAAAUGUAUCUCGAGUAAACAAUAUAAAUACUUAGAUUGAAAUUUAUGAACAUUUUCAUUCAUUGGUUACACAAUAUGCGCAUAAUUGAAAUUUAUGAACAUUUUCAUUCAUUGGUUACACAAUAUGCGCAUAAUUGGUAGGUUUUGCCGGUGACAUGGUUUUUUUCUGUUGUAAAAUACAUAGAUAAUGCAGCUUAUCACGUUUAAACCGGCCUCGGUGGCGUCGUGGUUAGGCCAUCGGUCUACAGGCUGGUAGGUACUGGGUUCGGAUCCCAGUCGAGGCAUGGGGUUUUUAAUCCAGAUACCGACUCCAAAUCCUGAGUGAGUG